AUGCAGGACCAGUUGGUAUGUCAUGGAUGUAGAAAUAGGUUAAUGUAUCGUCGAGGAGCAACAGAUGUGUGUUGUGCUUUGUGUAACACCAUCAAUUCCGUUCAUUCUUAUAACCCUCUAGGAAUGGACAUGGCUUACAUUAGAUGUGGUGGUUGUCAAACUAUGCUUAUGUAUACACGUGGUGAUGCGAGGAGCGUUAGAUGUUCUUGUUGUCAGACGUUGAACAAUGUAUCAGUCCCGAACGCAGCACCACCUUCGAAUCAGACCGCUCAAAUCAAUAAUCAGACCGCGCAUAUCACUUGUGGGCGUUGUAGAACGACGCUCAUGUAUCCUUAUGGAUCACCAUCUGUUAAAUGCGUUGUUUGCCAAUAUAUUACUAAUGUCAAUAUGAGCAAUGGAAGGGUUCCUCACGCGAUGAACCGGCCUAAUGAAACUGUUCCUCCUCCACCAACAAUGCCCUCUACAUCAACUACUCAAACCGUUGUUGUAGAGAAUCCCAUGUCCAUGGACGAAAGUGGAAAAUUGGUGAGCAAUGUCGUGGUAGGAGUAACAACCGCUAAAAAGUAA